UCGAAGCGGUGGCUGGCUUUCGCUCACGCGAGACAUGUAGAGUCUUCGGCUUUGAGUUUUGUACAUACAGAUCGUCCUUUGGCGCGCGUGUUCCGAAAGAGAGAAGAUGAACGACGACGACGACUACAUGGCGCUCUCAGCCGCGGCUGUCUGUGCUGCCCUCGCUCUGCUGCUAUACAUUGUGCACAGGUGGAAGAACCCUCGGUGCAACGGCCGGCUCCCGCCGGGGUCCAUGGGCCUUCCCCUCGUCGGCGAGACGUUCCAGUUCUUCUCCCCGGACGCCUCCUUCGACAUCCCUCCUUUCAUCCGCCACAGGCUCACAAGGUACGGGCCGAUCUUCAAGACGAGCCUGGUGGGCCACCCGGUGGUGGUGUCGGCGGACGAGGAGCUGAACCACAUGGUGUUCCAGCAGGAAGGGCAGCUGUUCCAGAGCUGGUACCCAAACUCGUUCGUGGAGAUCCUGGGCCGCGACAACGUCGGGGAGCAGCAGGGCACCAUGUUCAGGUACCUCAAGAACAUGGUGCUCAGGCACCUGGGCCCGGAGAGCCUCAGGGAAUCCUCCAUGCUCCGCGACGUCCACCACGCCGCCUGCAGCUCCCUCUGCACCUGGUCCACCUUGCCCGCAGUCGAACUCAAAGAAGCCGUCUCCGCCAUGGUGUUUGAGCUCACCGCGAACAAGCUGCUCGGCUUGGAGCCGUCCAGGUCCAAGGUUUUACGGAAGAGCUUCUUCGACUUCGUCCGAGGGCUCAUCUCCUUCCCGCUCUAUUUGCCAGGAACAGCUUACUACUCCUGCAUGCAGGGAAGGAUGAGUGCAAUGGAGGUUCUGCAGGAAGUGCUGGACGAGAGGAAGCGAUCAGUACUAGAUCAGGUGCUCCAAGGAGGGGAAGAAUCACGACGCCACGGCGACUUCCUGGACUACGUCGUCCAAGAGAUCACCAAGGAGAAGCCGGUCAUGACGGAGAGAAUGGCGCUCGACCUGAUGUUCGUGCUCCUCUUCGCGAGCUUCCACACCACGUCGCUGGUGCUCACCCUCGCCGUCAAGCUUCUCGCCGACCACCCUGGCGUCCUGGAGGAGCUCAAGGUGGAGCAUGAAACGAUUCUGAACCAGCGUGAGGCUGGUGGUGAGUCUGACAGUACUGGAGUUACGUGGAAGGAGUAUAAAUCCAUGACACUCACAUCCCAGGUAAUAAGCGAGACGGUCCGAUUGGCUAACAUUGCCCCUUGCAUUUUCAGAAAGGCUCUAAAAGAUGUACAGUUCAAAGGAUACACAAUUCCAGCAGGAUGGGGAGUGAUCGUCUGCCCUCUAGCAGUGCACUUGAAUCCAGAUAUUUACCCAGAUCCUCUCACUUUCAACCCCUCAAGGUUUAAGGAUAAAGCGGAGAUAAACCGUGGGUCAAGACACUUCAUGGCAUUCGGAGGUGGUAUGCGGUUCUGUGUCGGAGCAGACUUCAGCAAGCUACAAAUGGCCAUUUUUAUCCAUUGCCUUGUCACGAAAUAUAGGUGGAUACAGCUAGGAGGAGGCAAGAUAGUCCGGUCUCCGGGGCUAGAAUUCCCUGAUGGUUACCACAUCCAAAUAAAACAAAGAUCAGACUAAUCAACGCCUGAUUUACGUUCUGCUAGCAGUACAAUAGCACAGAAAUACUCUCUACAUUAGAUAGUUUUUACCAAACGUCUCUGUUAAUUAUGUAGAGUCAAGUCAUUUUAAGAGGCACGUACGCAGGCUUUGCCUGAUCCAUAAUAAAGAGGACAAGCGACUUUGUUUAAUUUUUCUUCAAAAUAUGGAGAGUUUGGCUUAUUGAUA